AUGGAUUCACCGGUCUCCUCGCAAGAUAAUGAUAUCGAAGUGAACGUGGUCUCCGGAGCGAGCAGUCCGGAUAUAACAUCGUCACCAACGCGGAAGGAACAGAAGAGUCCGUUCUAUGAAUUGAAGAAGGACAAAGAAGAAAAGGCCACAGGCAGCGCGCCGUACACCAGUUUCUCAAUUAGUUCAAUUCUAAACAGAACAGAACCUAGAAGAGAGUCGAAUGUUCUCGAAGCAGCGUUAGCCGCCAACCAUUUCGGUUCAAAUGAUGCGAUGUUAUCAAGGCUAGGUCUCAUCUCACAAUGGAGUGCGCUGGCCGGCCGCUACGGUGGAUUAGUGCCCGCUCCGUGGUACUGGCAAAGACCCCAUGAAAGGACUCCCCCUCGUGAGGAUUCAACGACCAACGAAGAAGGAUCUGCAGGUGGGUCUCCAAGGCCAAGAAGCCCGCCCCGAGCCCCUUCCCCGCCCUCACCGUCACGCUCGUCGCCACGCUCUCCACGUCUACAUCCAGCACUAUAUCCCCAGCAACAAGACGUACAAGACUCCGACCCGGACGUAGACGAGAGCGAUGACUUCGAUAAGGACGAGAAACGAGACCCAAACGCGAGUUUAGGCAAACGAAAGAAGAAAACACGGACUGUGUUCUCCCGAUCACAAGUGUUCCAACUUGAAUCAACUUUCGACAUGAAACGGUAUCUUAGCAGUUCGGAACGCGCCGGAUUGGCGGCUAGCUUACAUCUGACGGAGACGCAAGUGAAAAUCUGGUUUCAGAACCGUCGCAACAAAUGGAAGAGGCAACUCGCCGCCGAACUGGAAGCAGCGAACAUGGCGCACGCGGCGCAACGCUUGGUCCGUGUUCCGAUUUUGUAUCACGAAUCAAGACCGUCUAUUCCACAUACACCAAUGCCGAUACAUCCACAGUUUUCGAACGAGCCCGGUGUUUAUUUCCCAACUCAAGCGCCGCAACCGCUGCAGCCGCUUCCCGCUUCACCGGUUACGUCUAGAGCGCCGCUGUCGAGUCUAGUGUAG